AUGUCUGUUCAUCCCAUAUGCAUCCACCUCACUUCUCUUGUGAAUGAUUGUUCUUCAGAAUUUGUCCAGGAGGAAAAUUCUUCCAGUAGUGGAACAGAUUCCCUAAGCAGCGGAGAGAUUCCAAGAAGCCGGUCAGAGGGGACUUUGAUUGAUGUGGAUGACCAGCCACCUUCAGACAGCUACAAUGCCAAUGAAAGUAAACUGGAUUUGGAUAUUGACUGGCCUGGCAUAUUCAAACAUGCUCAAUCUGUUUCUAAGACUAAUCCUUUCUGGAAUGAACUGUCAGGAUCCAACCCUUUUGUACAUGACAUAGCUGCUUCCAAUAGAAAUGAAAAUAACAAGCGUCUUUCUAUUUUAAAGGAAAAACCUUAUUUGUUCUCUAAAAUUUCAAGCAACAGGGACUCUUUGGAUUCCUCAGGUGAUGAGCUAGAUAUUGACUGUCUCCUAAGAAGGAAUUCAGCAAGAAGAUCUGGACGAUCCAAGAGUGUCUCUGACUUCCUGGAUAUAGUUGAUAACCAAAGAUUUAAUCCUCACAAGACAGCGCCUCAAAAAACUACAGCUUCUGAUCUGACAUGGCUUCAGAAUGACCGCGAAGCCUACAAGAUGGCUUGGCUGAGCCACCGCCAGCUCACCCGCUCCUGCCUGGAUUUAGAAGCCAUGAGCCACAGCCCUGGGUGGGCACAAACACAAGCUACAGACAUUCAUGUAGUUUGUAAACUGGAUCACGAAGGUGGUUCAGUACAGCUACCUGACUCAGAUAUCAACAUUCAUGUCCCUGUGGGUCAUGUGUUACCAGGAGAAUUCCAAGAAGUUGGUUUAAAGGCUAUCCUUAACCCUCCAUUGUCAUGCAACAAUGAGCUGUCCAGCACAGUAAGUCCUCUGAUAGAACUUACACUGAGCAACCUCAAAACGAGCGAAGCCAUUUUCCUAGAAGUGAAAGUUGCAGCUAAAGUGAAGAAUGAUCCACUCAGCCAAGUUAUGAGUGAUAUCGUGUGUUUCUUUAGUCUCAACAAAGAAGGACCUUUUAAGAAGCUAGAGAAUUGCUAUAUAUAUCAAGAUACCAUACAAGUGAAGCUAACAGACCUAAGUCAUGUAAUGUAUGCAGUGAUUGCUGUACAAGCAAGCAAAAUCCAGCCUCCAGCAACUAAUGUGUGGGACUAUGUCCACAGAACAGUCUCAGUUGGAAUUUAUGGUCCCAAAUAUAUUCAUCCAUCUUUUACAGCAGUUUUUACAGUCUUUGGUCAUAACUACAUUCCAGGAAAACUCACGAUUUGUGAUAUAAAAAAGGGGGGGAAGAGUAUGCCUCCUGUGGUGUUUCAGCUGUGGGGAAAGCAUACAUUUCUUCUUGAAAAACCACAAGAUCUAAAUAUUUCUUUGAUAUCCUGUGAUCCAGACUUUCAAGUAAAAAAGGAAGAUCAAAGCAAAAAUAUUAAAAAGGAGGAGUUGAAAACUGGUGAAAUGGUCCGCCAACAAUUCCUAUUUUCCAUGCUUGGAUGCAGGGAGAUGCAUUUCUUUGUUUUCCUUGUUCAGAUUAAAAUCUUGAAAAGUAGCCAAGUAACACAGUUCCAUGUUACAACUCCUGCUCCAGCUCCAAAAUUACGUGGAAUUAUUAAUAGGCCAAAGCGCUUACAAAACCGCAAAGAAAUCAAGUCUGCACCAUGGCUUUUGAUACCAACAAUAAAGUAUCCAAAGUUUCAAGACAAAACUUUGAAUGUCAAUACUUAUGGAGUGGCUUUGAAAACUGUGUUACGACAGAAUAAGAUUGACUAUUUGCUGGAAUAUUUUAAAGGAGACACAAUAGCACUGCUUGGUGAAGAUAAAGUUAAAGCCAUUGGACAAACUAAAAUGAAAGAGUGGUAUGUGGGUGUUCUCAGAAGAAAGAUUGGUCUUGUACAUUGCAAAAACAUUAAAGUGAUUUCUAAAGAACAAGCUAUGGACACUGCUGAUAGUGAGCUAACAACCAGGAAUCUUGUUGAACAAAUUGCAUUGCCAUUCAAAAAACUGACUUAUAUCUACUCGGUAGUUCUGUCUACAGUAUCAGAGAGUGUUUAUGAUUGGAGGGCUUUAGCUGAGGUGUUGGGAUACUCAGAUAUGUCUUUGGAUGACUUUAAUGAGGCACAUAUUGAUAAAGAAUCAGAAAGAGUUGCACAUGUUGUGAAAAAGAUGAAGCAAGACUGCCAUGCUAACAAAAAAAAAAGACUAUUUCUUUAUGAACUCAUUGUUGCACUUUUGAAAAUAGAUUGCCAGGGAUUAGUGGCACGUCUUACCCAGGACACCAUCAUCUUGACUGCAGCUGUCAAGCUUGGCAAAAGCUGGCGGGAGCUUGCGGAGAAGUUAGCCCGCCUCACAAAGCAGCAAAUAGAGGCUUAUGAAGUGCCCCACCACGGGAAAAAUGGAGCAGUAGCUCUGGAGAUGAUGUGGAAACCUGCAUAUGACUUUCUCUACACUUGGGCUGCCCAUUAUGGAGAUGGUUAUAGGGAUGUCUUACAGGACCUACAAUCAGCCUUGGAUAAAAUGAAAAACCCAGUAACAAAACAGUGGCGAGAGUUAACUGGAGCUCUGAUUCUUGUGAAUUGCAUGGAGGUGUUAAGAGCAAGUGCCUUCUCCAAAAUGGAGGAAGAGUAAUGGACAAAAUAUUUUUGGAAAAUCUGUUAGGAAACUAUACCUGUGUAUACACUUUAUUUGUGUAUUUAUGUUUCAGAGACACUUGCAGAACAUGACAGAAUGAAGUUUGUUUUAACUGAGCUGAUGUUUGGUCUAGCCCUAUGGUUCUCAACAACAGAUUGCCAGAGCGUGCUAGUGGCUUUUGAGUACGUAAGAAAAGAAUGGGGAAUUAAACUAAUGAGAUAACAAAAAUGACUUGUAUUCUAUGGGGUAUUUUCUAAAAGGAGCAAUUUCUGAUUGCACUGACUUCUAGGCAGAGAUCAGUUUUAAAAACAGAACUAUUCAUGGAUGAGUUUAUCCUGUGGAGCCUAGGUUUAAAUUGUUUUCAGUAAAAAAUCUAAAUAUUUAAUACAUUUAAUAUUUGGUGCUCAAACACCUCAACUCUAAUUCAGUGGGUGCAGGUUAGCCUACAAAAAAACCUUUAGAAGUGUUUCAUCCUCAAAAAUAAUCUAAUUGUCUCACCACACAGGAAUUCAACAGUUCCUGGGAAAAUAGGUGUGUGCUGCAUAUACUCAAAAAAUAGGUGUGUGCUGCACUUUUCCAAAAACAGCUUCUGGUAUCUAUUUUAAAGAGUCAAGAGAGACAGAAGAUAAAAAUCUCAAAAGUGUUUGGUUUUGAUAUAUUUGUUGAUGUAACUCAACAGGGUUUUGUCUCUUUUCAUAUAUUUUUUUAGUUUAUAUAUCUGUAAUUUUUUUCUACAUUCUGCUGAAUGGAAAUUCCAGAAAAUUCCAGAAGCCUUCUUUAUGCACACUGUCCAUCCCUCUGAUAAUUUUUGUAGUCCUUCCUUGUCGCUUUUAGGUAAGAACAUAGGGGAAGGAGACUUUGUAGGUACAAGGACUGGAAACAAUUCAUACCCGCAUCUGUUGAUUGUUUUCUUCUACCUCACUGGAUAUGGAAGAUGACUAUUAUUUUCUCAAAAAACGUUAACAGUGGAGCGCUUUUAAGAUUAAUUUAUUUAUGGAGCAAUGAAUAACUAGUCAUAUGUUUGAAAAAGAACCCUGCUUGGAUGCCGUCAGUAAAAAUUUUCUAAAACUGAGUAGCUUAUUAUAAGUACAGAAAAUACAGGCUGAAUAAUACUUACAGAAUGACCAAAUUUUUAAAUAUAAUUUUAAUGUAUUAAAUAUAUAUUUUUUGUUAAGUGGUAGAUCUAAAAGGUUAAAUCCAUUUUGAGCUCCUUUGAUCAACAUUCAUUCAGAAACAUCAGCAAAUACUCAAGACAACCAGUUGAAAAGAGAAUUGGCAUUCUGCCAUCACUUGUGGUUGACAAGACAAAGCCAAAUUCUUUGAGGAGUCGCACAAAACAGCACUUCUGCCCAGAAACUGCACUUUCUCUGUUGUCUAAGUUCAUUUCUAAAAAGGGAGGUUUUGCCAUUCUAAAAUAAAACUACAUUUAGACAUUUUUCUUCCCCUCUCCUUUCCUCUAACCUUUUUCUUUUCUACUUUCAUUAAGCUUUCCCAAAGUACCCAUAGCUCAGGAAGGAGGCUGAGGAAGGAGUACUUGACUGAAUAAUAGGUAAAUUAAUUCACCAGAAAGUCUUCUAGCAUCAGGGCAUUUACUGAAUUAAUAUUUGUGCAAGUUAUCUGCUUUCAGAGGACUUGCCCCUGAUUUGCAAGACAAUGAGGAAUUCAGUCCAUAGAGCACUAUCUGCUAUUGUGGAUCAAGGAAAGGUGGAGAAAAAGGAGUCAUAUUAUCAAAGCUUCCUGUUGUUUCAGGUGCCAGCACUGAUUUUAUGUCUUUCCCCACACUGUUUUAAGAAGAGCUGUAGAAAAAAUAUAAUUACAAUAUUAUUAUAUUUAUUAAAUAUAAUAAUGAUGUUACUCUUGUGAUCUGCACAUCAUUGCAGAGCCGGCUUGUCCUUCCUUCUUCAGGUAGUGAAACCCCCAAAAGAUGAGAAAGUGGUGCUAGGUAAGGAAAAGGUAUAAAAUAUAUUAAUAGACAUCUUUAAAAGUAAAAAGACAUAUGCAAAUAUUAAGAACUAAAACAAACUCCCUGAAGGUUUUCUAGACUGCUUCUGCUUCCACUUUAGACCCUGCUCAUAGCAGACUGUGAAACCUGAACAGGACUUGGUAGUGGUGCAACAGGCUACACACCAGAUCUACUUAAAACCUCAGGGAAAUAUAAUUUUUGCUCCCUCAGAGCUGAAAUAUCAGAGGACAUCACAAAGCAAAUCUUUCAGCUUCACUAGGCUGUCUUUCUAUCUGCUUUUCAUGCAUCCCACUAGGCCAUGAUCCCUUGUUUAUAGCCCUGUUAAAUAAAUUUUUAAUACCUUUUUUCUUUCACUUUUUUCCCUUUUUUGUUAACCUGGCUGCAACAGCUAAGUAGCUCACUUAAAUCUGUUACUGAAGAUGAGUCUGUGCUUCCAUCCUUUUUUUGCACAUCUGAAUUUUUUAUGUUUAGUAAAUGUGUGUUUACUUUCUUUUUCAACAGGACAUGUAGUAAUUCCUUUGUUCAGUGCUGUAUUUUCCUGUUGUCAAUACUAGUCAAAAGACUGGAAAGGGCUACCACAUGCUACCAAUUAUCAAAUAUAAAGGAUAGGCCGCCCAAAGCCAUUGAAGCUGAAGGAAAAUCCAUCCCAAGAAGGUAGUCAGUAGUCAUGGUCCCAGGAGAAGGCCCCAGGGACCAGAGGCUGUUGCCUGUAACUCUCACGGCCAGGCCCUUUCUUUGCUCUGAAAACUUUUUCUGUCGUGAACAAGAGUUGAAUUUGGCCCAGCAAAUUUAGCAAAUAUUGACUCAGUGAGUCAGUGAUCUCCUUAGCUUGCGGAAUUAUGCAACAUGUCCUCCAAGUAUAUUUCUUUAAAGGAAAUUUAUAUUUACCUGUAGUUGUGCCGUAUUGCAGGGCCUUUGACUUCUGGUUGCUAAUUGCACUUCCAUUUUUGCUUUAAGCUUCUGCUCAUAUGAAUGAAAUGUGCACUCGUGCAAUAUUCUGUUUACUUUAGCAGCCCACACUGGAUAUAUUUUUUAAAAAAGGUAUUAAAACCCCAUAUUUUAUUUAGUGGUCUAGUAUUCAAAACCACAAAAUGCCAGCCCAGAGUGAAAGCAGCUGCACUCAACAGCAGCACACAUCUUGGAGCACAUGGCUUAGGUAAACAUGCUCUGUUCUUGACCUUUUUUCUUUUCCUCCCACCCUGUCAAGAGAGAACAGCUUUCCCAUGAGCCUGCACACAUCCUUUCUUUGGUUUCUUUAAAGUGAGAUGAGAUUAACAGCUCCUUGGGAGGAGACAAGGAAAAAUACCAGCCGCUGGUCCUUGCCUUAAAUGACCCUCUGUUUCCUAAUUUCUUUACACAGAAAACAGCUGUGUCAGCCAGUUCCAUUUUCCUUUGAAGUUGCAGGCAGAAAACCCCCCUCACCUUCCUUCAUCCUUCUAUCCUCUGAAUAGGUGCUUCUUAAGCAAAUGAGCAAAUGAAAUUUGAGUGCAUCUGUUGCUUUAUGAAUCCACCUACCCAUGAGAACUGGAAUAAUCGUUCCCUUGGUUGAGUCAGCACUGGAGUGGGGCAGACACCUUCCUCAGCGGGCAGUGGCAAGGAAAACCUGUCACUCAUGCUAAAAAUGCUAUUUUUCAGUGAAGUUAGAAGCCAUUCAUCUUGCAGUGCAGAGGCUUCAUGCCAUAUAAUGACACAGUGCAGUGACAUAUUUCUGAACUAAUAACAGUCAAGACUGGAGAGAAAAGGCAUAUUAUUCCCCCUGGAAGUUCCAGCCCUCCAGCUGGGUUUGGGGAAAGGUUCAGUUUCUUAGGUUUCACUUGCUUUUUUUGGAAAGCAGAGGUUUAGGGAAGGUAAAGGAAGUGUCUUUUAAUAUCUAAGUAAAGGGCUACUCCCCAAGCCAGGCUCCGAGCAGCAGGCUGGAUGCCAAGACCAAGCUACAUGUUAUGGGGUGUUCUUUGUGGAAUUGUUUAGGGAAGAAAAUGGGAGGAGGCACCAGCCAUCUUUCUUCCUACUGAGAACAGAAAAAUGUGGGAGUGGAUAAGUGUUUAUUAGUUAAUUUUUUUCAUUAAAAACACUGUUUUUCACAAAUCCGUUCUAAGCUGUGGGGAAAACAAACACUAAGCAGUUCCAAAGGAACAACUCAGUUUUGUUGUGUUGAGCCAUCUCUAAAGACCUAUUCCUGAAGUAUCUCUAGGCUCAGUAAGUGAUCCAGCUGACAAUGACCUACUAAAUAACAAAGGCAAUUGUGUAGAACUGCAGAUGACAAUGCUGUAUUCACAUCUAAAUCCAGGGAUCCUGCUUUUUCAUCAUCUAACAUCUUGUUCAGCUAUGGACAGCUGUACCAAAUAGGGAUAUAAAUCUAUGCUGUUUUGUUGUGUUUGUGUCAUAGAUAUGAAGUUUUCCUGUGAAAAGACAGGAAUAAAAUAGAGAGCAAAGGGUUGUAUUUCCCACCAUGCCCGGGAAAAGACUGUAGCAACUUAUAUUUUUCACAUUAGUGUGAGAUACCAACCAUUAAAUUCUUUGGCAAGGCCCUUGAAAAAUUGUAGAUAUGUAAAGGAAAUGUUAGUCUAGUGUGAGUGGUAACCACUGUUCUUGAAAGAUAUGUCACCAAUAAGUAUCUACAGACACUAUGGGAUAUUCAAAUAACUUGUGAUUAUUUUUAGUACAAAAAGUGCCAUUUUCUGUUUCUUGCCAAUGUAUAUAUAUAUGUAGAUAAUAUAUUUUUUUAGCUUACAGUAUAUAUUUUUAAACAAAAUAAACAAAAUUAUAUUGUC